ACGAGUACUGCCUUUUAAGUGUUCCCCCAGUCCACUUCCUCCGUUUUCUUUCUCACACUGCUACACAUUCUCCUUGGUUCUUGCCACUCGCACAAACCGGCAAACUUCUUCCUCCCAUUUUCUCUCUCUUUUCAAGGUUUUGUGUAAGGAAGAUACUAGGAUUUGAAAAUGGCGGACGAAAAUGGAACUAAGGUUGAUCCUUCUAUUGAUUCACCAACUUCUGUUCUCGAAGAUGAGGAUAUUGUUAAAGAAGAAGCUGUAGUCAAACUGGAAGAUGACUUACUUAUUGAUGCGAAAAAUGGAGAUACUACUCUUUUGUCAAAAGAAAUGGCCGAGGAGGAAGAGAAGUUGCUUGAAGCAAGAAAGAAGGAAGAAGAGGUCGAUCAUGGUAAAUUUCCCCAGGAUGGAGGCAAUUUAAAUGAUGAUCAAUUUUCCAAGUUGGAUGAUCUUUUAACUCAAACACAACUAUAUUCAGAGUUUUUGUUGGAGAAGAUGGAUGACAUUACAUUGAAUGGAGUGGAGGAACAAGAGGAGGAAGCUGAGCCUGUUAAGGGGAAAAAGAGAGGUCGAAAGAAGAAAGCCGCGCAAUAUAAUGAUAAAAAAGCAAAGAGGGCAGUUGCAGCAAUGCUUACUAGAUCUCAACAAGGGACAACUGCUGAAGACAACGAUCUUACUGAGGAAGAAAAAAUUGCAAAGGAGCAGUCUGAGCUCAUACCUCUGUUGACUGGUGGAACGUUAAAAUCUUAUCAGAUCAAAGGAGUAAAGUGGCUGAUUUCUCUGUGGCAAAAUGGUUUAAAUGGAAUUCUUGCUGAUCAAAUGGGACUUGGAAAGACAAUUCAAACCAUUGGGUUUUUGGCACAUCUUAAAGGGAAAGGUUUAGAUGGGCCAUAUAUGGUGAUUGCUCCUCUCUCAACUCUGUCAAACUGGAUAAAUGAAAUAAACAGGUUUACACCAUCAGUGAAAGCCAUUAUUUAUCAUGGUGAUGCAAAAGAAAGGAAUCAGAUUCGACUGAAACAUAUGCCAAAGAACAUAGGUCCUAAUUUCCCUAUUGUCAUUACUUCUUAUGAGGUCGCUCUUAAUGAUGCUCGAAAAUGUCUUAGGCAUUACAAAUGGAAAUAUGUAGUUGUUGAUGAGGGCCAUCGCCUGAAAAAUUCUAAUUGCAAAUUGCUGAGAGAACUGAAGCGUGUGCCUAUUGAGAACAAACUUCUGUUGACUGGAACACCGUUGCAGAACAACUUGGCUGAGCUGUGGUCAUUGCUUAAUUUCAUUUUGCCUGACAUAUUUUCAUCUCAUGAAGAAUUUGAAUCCUGGUUUGAUCUUUCGGGAAAACGCAACAGUGAGGAUAUGAAGGAGGAAGCGGAAGAGAAGAGGAGAGUUCAGGUGGUUGCCAAGCUACAUGCUAUAUUGCGUCCAUUUCUCCUUCGCAGGUUGAAGACUGAUGUUGAACAAUCACUCCCCGGAAAAAAGGAGAUUGUAUUAUAUGCUACCAUGACUGAUCAUCAAAGAAACUUCCAGGAACACCUCAUUGAUCGAACUUUGGAAAAUUAUUUAUCGGAGAAUGUGAGUUUAGGUACUGCACCACGUGGAAUGAAAGGAAAGCUUAACAAUCUAAUGAUGCAACUCCGUAAGAAUUGCAAUCAUCCAGAUCUGUUAGAAUCUGUUUAUGAUGGAUCAUACUUCUAUCCUCCUGUAGAACAAAUAGUUGGACAGUGUGGGAAGUUUCAGUUGCUGGACAGGUUAUUGACUAAGCUCUUUGAACGAAAGCACAAGGUUCUUAUAUUCUCUCAGAUGACCAAGAUUCUUGACCUAAUGGAUUACUACUUCAGUGAGAAGGGAUUUCAAGUUUGCCGAAUUGAUGGCUCUGUGAAACUUGAAGAGAGGAGGAGACAGAUAAAGGAGUUCAAUGAUAUAAAUAGUGACUACAGAAUAUUUAUUCUCAGUACGCGGGCAGGAGGGUUAGGCAUAAACCUUACUGCUGCAGAUACGUGUAUUCUUUAUGACAGUGACUGGAACCCCCAAAUGGAUUUGCAGGCUAUGGAUCGAUGUCACAGAAUUGGUCAAACUAAGCCUGUUCAUGUUUACAGGCUUGCCACUGCACUUUCUGUUGAGGGCCGUAUGCUGAAAAGGGCCUUCAGUAAGCUGAGGCUUGAACAUGUUGUCAUUGGGAAGGGUCAAUUCAAGGCAGAGAGGACAAAGAAUGAUUGCAUGGAGGAGGAAGAUUUGCUUGCUCUCCUACGAGAUGAAGAGGAUGCUGAAGAUAAGAUGGUGCAGACAGACAUUAGUGAUGAAGACCUCAACAAAUUGCUUGACCGUACAGACUUAGUUAAUGAUUUAGGAAAAGAUGAAGACAGAAGCAUUGAGAAGUUUGUGCUACCUCUCAAAGGGCCUGGAUGGGAGGUGGUUAUACCAAACGCAACAGGAGGCGUAUUGUCCACUCUUAACAGCUAACCAUGCUGUACUCUUUUCAGUGAACAUGGAACUCACCCUUCAUAUGUAUUUUUUUUAUUACCAGGAAGGGGACUGAAUGUAAUUCUUGUUUGAGUUGGGUGAUGAAUUUUGUGUAGUCAACAAUGGGGAGAAUGUUUUGUGCUUCUUUCAUUUUGUUCAUUGGCAGUUAAGAAUAGUAGGUAGUAGUUAAGGCCAUUGAGAAAGGAAGCAGUUUGUACUUUUGUCAGCUCAGAUAUGUAGAUGAGAGGAUCCUAUGUUCCAAACUCUUUGUCAAUUAAUAUAUGAAUGCUUUUAUCAUUUA